AUGGGUUUGCUCCAGCUGCUGGCACUCUGUGGCCUGGCCACUUGCUGCAGGGCUACGUCUAUGCCUGUGGUGGUCCCUAAGGCCUGGCAUCUCCUCUCCCGGGGCUGCAACGACUCAGAUGUGCUGGGUGUCACAGGCUUUGCCCUGCAGGACAUCAACAAGGACCGAAAGUAUGGCUAUGUGCUGAGCCUCAACCGAGUCAGUGAUGUCCGGGAACACAGACAGGAUGGUCUGGGAUCCCUGUUUUAUCUCACACUGGAUGUGUUGGAGACGGACUGCCAUGUGCUCAGCAAGAAGUCAUGGAAGGACUGUGGGGUGAGGGUGUUGCAUGAAUGCGUUUAUGGUCAAUGCAAAGUGGCAUUUUAUGUUAACAAGCCAAGAAGAGUUCUCUAUUUACAUGCCUAUAACUGUACUCUUCGCCCAGUUUCUCGAAGAAUGAUUCAUGAUACAUGUCCUGACUGCCCCGCUACCAGCACCACUGACUUGUCAAAUCCCCGUUUUUUGGAAGCUGCCACUGAGUCUCUUGCAAAAUACAAUAAUGAGAGCACCUCCAAGCAGUACUCUCUGGUCAAAAUCACCAAGGCUUCCACCCAGUGGGUGGUUGGCCCUGCUUACUUUGUGAAGUAUUUGAUUAAAGAGUCACCAUGUACCAAAUCCUGGGCCAGCAGCUGCUCGCUUCAACUCUCAGACUCUAAGCCCGUUGGUCUGUGUAAAGGUCAACUGAUUAAAACAGACAUGAAAACGUCUGUUUCUGCAGAAUGUGAAUUCUUUGAAUCACAGGCUCCUGUUCCAGAAGGUGAAAACUCUGCUGCUAAGCAGGGGCCUAAGAACCUCCCUAAGGAGGAGGAGUCCCAGCAGGAAGGCACUGCUCCCACCAACCCAUCCUCAAAGGCUGUGCCAAGAGGGUCUGUCCAAUACUUCCCCGACUUGGAUGAUGAGAAGCCAGAAGGUUCCCAGGAAAAGAACCUUCAUGAGGCCUUCCCUGUACAGCUGGAUCUGACCACCAACCCCCUGGGAGAAGAACUGGAUGUCUCCUUCCUCUUCCUGGGGCUAGUGAAGGAGAAGCUGCUUGUUCUGCCUUUCCCCAAAAGAAAUCAUCGCUCUUCUGAGUGCCCAGGGCCAGCCCAGGUGGGCAACCCUCUUGUUCUCCCGCCAUGA